UUUUGUUUUCCAGCUGCUGUGUGUUUGCCUUUUCUUCGAAGAUGGAAAUGCCUAGAAGAAAGCCAAGAGACUGCAUAAUCGAUUCUUUUGGUUUUCCAUCGGCAAUUUGACUUUUGGACCCCAAGUUUUCCAACGAUUCUGGCCUAGACGCAAAGCGUUCUUGACGUUCUCCUCAGGUCCCCGAUCCCCCGAUCCCCAGAUCCCUCAAUACCCGACUUUAUCGCUGCAACAGACCCGACUCGCUCAGCCGGUUCUGCGCACUUAACAGUUUUUGUUGCUCACGUUUGUAGCGCUCUCGGCGCUCUUUACCUUCCCUUACCUGUAUCUGUAUCUGUGUUUUCAUUUCGUGGAAAAGAUUUUUAACUCAUGGCCCGAAACCGAAACCAAAGCCAAAAAAACAAAAACAAAACCCAGAGACCCCAGAUGGCUGGCAACAUUUUUGUGUACCCUCGCCCCGGGGCAAUGCGAAGAACAAGAAUUGUGUAGAUUUUGUUGUAAUAUAACAAAAGAUUUAAAAGGGCAUUAGGCAGGGGCUUUGUUUUCUCAGAGUUUAGAUUUAGAGCUAUGCGAUCGAAUGGUUGGUUAUCCCCCAAUUCGAUCAAAUUAUCGGCCAAUGUCUACCCGUUAAUGCCGCUGGCGUUCACUGAGUUUGGAGAUACUUUUGAUGAGCAAGUAAAGUACAUUGAUUUGAUCCGCGUUGUGUCGCUGGUGAAAGUUUCGAUCGGGCGCCAUAUGCAGAUAUUCAGAUAUGCAGCUGCCCGGAUCGCAAGGUGUCAUAGAUUAACGUCCGAUGGCGACUGCAAUGCGAUCGGUACGGUACGUCCACGGCGGCUCGGCACGCGCCUAUUUUACAAUGAAAUUGUGUAAAAGUGCUUAAUAAAUUCAUUUGUGCGGCCAUUAAAAACACGCAGCUCAUUAGGGGAGGGGGGGGGGUUUUGGUGUACCACCGGAUUGGAGCCACAGCCAGAGUCUCCAGUGCGCGGAUUUUGCAAUUUUCCUCUCUCUCCGCGGGUUUUUCUCAUUUCUUUCCUUCUGAUUUUUAUUUCGCUUUGGCAGAAUGCUGUUGCGGCAACUUUCUUUCGUGUUGACUGCUUUUGCAGCGGUGCUGUUCUAUGCUCGCA